AUGGAACAACAUUUAUCAUCCACGGCUUCAUCGGAGCAAAUGCUUCUUGAAAUUCAAUCCGAAUCCAUCCAAAAGCUCCUGACUACCGUUCGACAAAAAACCAAUCCUUCUGCUGCAACCGCCAUACCUGUAUUGGACUUGUUUUUGGCUACCCUCUCGUCGUCUACAGCAAACCAAGUGUUCGUUGAGAAACCUCCAGGAAAUUCCAUCGUCAUUCGAGGCCCGCCCGGAUGCGGCAAGACACAUCUCUUGUACUUCUUGUUGGCAACAUGUGUGCUACCUAUGAAUCCUCUUUCACAAAGCAUUGGUGGAUGGAGUAAGGCUGCUUUUGUCAUGGAUCUCGAUGGGCACUUCCACAUGUCCCGAUUCCACGACGUAUUAGUCGAUCGAUUGCGUCUGUCUGUGCCAGGUCCUUCUAUUCCAGCGAUUGUUGAUCGAUGCUUGAAACUAGUGCAUAUAUUCCGUCCGGCUUCACUUUCCCAACUCGCUGUGACUUUAAAACACCUCGCUAAGUACCACGCCCAGAAGUUUCCUUCGUUUGAAAUGGGAAUGAUAGCUGUACAUUCGAUCGACGCAUCUCACUGGUUGGAACGAUUCAAGGUCGAGCAGAUGCGAUUCUUUACAGGAAUGGCAAAAUCACCUUCCGAUGAUGUAUUCAGAGUACUGCAAGAUCUUCGAAUGUCGUAUCGCUUAACUACAGUGGUAACCUAUGGGGACAUCUUGCACCAGUACAUUAGUGCCUCUGAUUAUCGACAGCCAGUACCCGGCUCAACCCGUCUUGAUCUUAUACCUGUAUCCACAACCGAUAUCACAAUAACCCCGUCUUCAAGUACAUUUGAUCAUCAAUUAAGAAAAACCCAAUGGUGCGCAGAAGCAUUUGGCGAUCCUCAAAGUAUAAUCUUUUCUUCUGUAAUACACAAAGGGGGAAUUGCUGUAUCGUGA